GGGGGGGGGGGUGCCCCUUGCUGCCGCCGCCUCCCCGCUAUUGCCCCCGGUGUGCGGGAGGGAGCCCCCUCCAGGCCCUCCCUCCCAUUGCCCCAAGCAGAUGUGGACUGAGCGGAUCGCCGCGAGGAUUGUCUUACACUGAACUGAUCAAGUACUUUGAAAAUGACUUCAAAACUUCUCUGGGUGUCCUUCAUACUUGCUGCAUUGACACUUUCAAUUACAUUUUCUCUCCAACCAGACCAGCCAAAGGUUCUACUAGUUUCAUUUGAUGGAUUCCGUUGGGAUUACUUAUACAGAGUUCCAACACCCCAUUUUCAUCAUGUUAAAGAAUAUGGUGUCCACGUGAAGCAAGUUACUAAUAUUUUUAUUACAAAGACCUACCCUAACCAUUAUACUUUGGUAACUGGCCUCUUUGCCGAGAAUCAUGGCAUUGUGGCCAAUGACAUGUUUGAUCCUGUUCUGAACAAAUCUUUCUCCUUGGAUGAUAUGAACAUUUAUGAUUCUGAGUUUUGGGAAGAAGCGACGCCGAUAUGGAUCACAAAUCAGAGGGCGGGACACACGAGUGGUGCAGCCAUGUGGCCCGGAACAGAUGUCAAAAUACAUAAAAGCUUUCCUACUUACUAUAUGCCUUACAAUGAGUCCGUUUCAUUUGAAGAGAGAGUUGCCAAAAUUAUUGAAUGGUUUACAUCGAAAGAGCCCAUCAAUCUUGGUCUUCUCUAUUGGGAAGAACCUGAUGACAUGGGCCACCUUUUGGGACCAGACAGCCCACUCAUGGGGCCUGUCAUUUCAGAUAUUGACCAGAGGUUAGGGUAUCUCAUACGAAUGCUGAAAAAGGCAAAGUUGUGGAACAUUCUGAACCUAAUCAUCACAAGUGAUCACGGAAUGACGCAGUGUUCUGAGGAAAGGAUCAUAGAGCUUGACCAGUAUCUGGAUAAAGACCACUAUACCCUGAUUGACAAGUCGCCGGUGGCAGCCAUCUUGCCCAAAGAAGGCAGAUUUGAUGAAGUCUAUGAAGCACUAGCUCAUGCUCAUCCUAAUCUGACUGUUUACAAAAAAGAAGAGAUUCCAGACAGAUGGCAUUACAAACACAACAGUCGAAUUCAGCCAAUUCUCGCAGUGGCUGACGAAGGGUGGUAUAUUUUACGGAAUAAGUCAGAUGACUUUCUGUUAGGCAACCACGGUUAUGAUAAUGCAUUAGCAGAAAUGCAUCCCAUGUUUUUAGCCCACGGUCCUGCCUUCCGAAAGAAUUUCACAAAAGAGGCCAUGAACUCAACAGAUCUGUACCCCCUGCUCUGCCACCUCCUCAAUAUCACUGCGGUGCCACACAACGGAUCACUCAGGAACGUCCAGGAUCUGCUCAGUUCACCAACUCCAAGAGCAAGUCCUUAUACACAGAGCCCUCCUCUCCUCCAUGGUAGUGUCAAACCAAGAGAAAAUGAACAAGAGGAACCAUAUGCUUAUUUCAUAGGGGUCUCUCUAGGUAGCAUUAUAGUUAUUGUGUUUUUAAUAAUUUUCAUUAAACAUUUAAUUCGCAGUCAAAUACCUGCCUUACCAGAUUUUCAGGCUGAAAUAUCUCAACCAUUAUUACAAGCCUAAUGCUCCUUUGAUGUGGAGAUUGCAUAGUUAUGUCAGUGUUUAAAGGUUUCAAAUUCUAGGAAACCAGCUUCAAACAUUUGCACAGACCAUUAAGCAGUUACAUACAUAUGCAGAGGCAGUCCUACACACACACACACACACACACUCAUGCACAUGGACCAAAAUACACAUACCUGCAAAGGAUGAAAGAUGGGGAAGUAUGUUUCCAUUGUCCUCUCUGGCUUCUGGUAGGUAAGAUCCUGCUUUAUUUGGACUUGGCACAUACAAUGUAUAUAUUUAACAACUUUGCACUAUUUGAAGUACCUUACAUAUUGCACUUUAAAUUAGUCUCCUAAUGGGUACAUUUAUGUGAAAUGCACUUUAUUGACAAUUACGUCUGAUAACUCGGUUGAAAAAGACAACUUUUGCACCCAUGUCCCAGAAUACCUGUUAUUCCUUGUUCAAAUGGAACAAAAUUUCUAAUAAUUCCUGAAUACUGUAGAAAUCUAUCUAUCUUCUUAAAUUGGGAGAGCAUGAAGAAAGUGAAAACUGUUGAAAAUGAAAUGUGAUGACCUUUGAACACUGAAUUUUGAAGAGAUGCAUUCCCAACAGCAGGGUGCAUCUGUGGGCACUCCUUGUCAUAUUUCUUUGCAAUGGACAUGGGUUUUCAUUUACUUUUUCCCCCCAAAAAGAGAUCCAAAUACUGACGGAUUCAUUCCAGGUAUGUUGUUUCCAUCAUGAAAUUCAUUAUUGCUGUUUCCUGAUUAGUCAUUUUACUCUGAUUUUAAUAGUAAGACACCAUGAGACCUCUACUCUGUAGGCUUGAAAAAAAAAAAAUAAGACACCAUGAAUAUACAUUUCUUUCCUCUCGAGUCUAGCACUGGUCUGACUAGAAGGCAUCAGGCACCAUCUCAGCAAUAUUUUCUCUUGCUCUGUAAUUAUUUGCUUCCUUGAAAACGAAAUCACUAUUAAUCGCAUUACAAAAUCAGAUGAGAUAAAACAGUGUUUUCUUUCUGGUAAUCUGUAGUGACAGAGCACAAGCAUCUUUUAGAUUUCAGCAUGUGAAGGUCUGGAAUUGCAAGAGAGCACAAACUACAUUAGGGAAAAUGUAGGCCACACAAUCCUUGAAAAGAACUGUGUGGAGCUUGGGGGAAAAAAAAUUAGACAGAAACUUGGGGAAAAAAAUUAGGCAGGGCCAUUGUUUGCAGUGUACCCAGGACAAUGCUAAAGGGUGCCUGGUGGCAAAAAAUAGUGAAGCUCCUAGAGGUAACAGGUAAUUGAAACAAGAGGAGCUGAGGUUAUAGCCUUGUUUCCUGAAAUAUCUGAAUAUCCACUCACCAAAUGCUCAGUGGACUCAAAGAUGAAUCCAGGUUCACAAAUAGACUUUACCUCCUGGGUAGGUUUUUUCACCUGCCUGUUCAUCUCAGCUUCCCAUUCCCUUCCAUGGAAAGAUGUGCCUUAGAUCUCUUAAGUAGGCUGGUUAGGGAGAGGGUAGUGUUACCCAUGGUUUCUUAGAGGAAAGAGAAGGCCCUGGAAAGAAUAGCUUUCCUUGAAGAAAAUAGAAACCAGUUUAUAGACACGUGGCCCACAGAAAAUACUGUGAUUUUGUGUAUAUUUAUGCACCAACUCGCUAAAAGUAGGUAAAGUGGUAAAUGUAUUCCAGAAAGGAUAAACUAGAUGUAAAGAACAAAAGUGGCAUAGUGAAAAAUAUAAUUGAAGUGCUUCCUAAAAUCAGGUGAAUGAAUUAUUUUUAUUUUAUUUUAUUUUUUUUGUGGUACGUGGGCCUCUCACCGUUGUGGCCUCUCCCGCUGCGGAGCACAGGCUCCGUACACGCAGGCUCAGCGGCCAUGGCUCACGGGCCCAGCCGCUCCGCGGCAUGUGGGAUCCUCCCGGACCGGGGCACGAACCCGCGUCCGCUGCAUCGGCAGGCGGACUCUCAACCACUAGCGCCACCAGGGAAGCCCAAAUGAAUUAUUUUUAAAUGAUGAUACCAGUAAACAGUGUUAGCACUUAAUUCUCAUGUCACCAAUACAACCUCUAAAUGGGAUAGAAUGGAAUCGCUGGAAAUGUACUAUAGAUGAAAAAGCUGAGAAGUGGGAUGGUAGAUAGCAGACUCCUCAAGAAGUCUGAACUCCGGAUUAGACAUUUUACAACAUGUGACCACGCGUAUUGGCUUGCUUUGUAGCGAUGAACUUAUCUGCGUUAUUGAGAUGCCAAUCUAAUGACUGAAAGAUGAAACUGGUCUAUUUAAAAGCAUUAUUAUUCAAGUGCUCUCUGUAUUUAAACUAAUUGUUGCAUUAAAUUCAUUUUAGAGGGUGCUAUUACCUUAGUAGUCAGAGGAGAGUAGAUUCUGUAACGCUGAUGAAAUCAUGAAAAUUCUGAUAUGAAGAUUUGAUUAUUGAAUGGUUUCCUUUAUCUGCAGAUACUUAUUUUCCUGUAAAUAUCAGCAGGAGAGUUUACCUGAAGGAAAAUAAAAUUUUAAACUUUGCUGGGGAAAUAUCUAGUCACUCAUCAUUUUUCGGUAGUUUCGUUGUUGUUUUGGUUUUAUCCGCAUGUCUCUGUGGUCAAACUUUGUAUGCAGUCAACACAAAUGAGCAUAUAGAAAUAACAUGUAGACCAGCUAAUCUUCCUAACUGUAAGUAAGAACUUUUAAAAGGUCCCAGGAAUGGAAUCCCCCCCUCACAACACUGACAUGUUUGCUCUAAAUCCUCUGUCGUCUAUUUUGAAGUUGAUUAGUUGAUAACGAUUUUUCUUGUUCAGCAUGUAUUUUGCAAUGUCUUCUCCCUUUGCCACCUGCCAUUUAAGUUGAAAAUUGCUUUUCAAAAUGCUUUCUGUCCUCUUAAGUAAAAUUAGGAUCGAUUCUAUUAUUAGUUUCAGUUUCUUACAAGAGCCUAUUUCUAGAAAAUCUAUAGUUUUCUUUUUUUGAUGCUAUUUUUAUCAGGUUUGAUAUCAAUGUUAUAUGCCCCUCAAAAACUCAUGCUUUUUUUUCUACAACACUAGUUUUAUGAAGCAAAUAUAACAGGGAUAAUCAAACCCAACCAAGGGGCACUAAAAGAGAUCACUGUUUUGGGGGCCUGAAACUUUUUUGUAGAAUAGUUUAUACUUUCUCAAUCUUUAAUUAAGAAAUUGGUUUUAAUUUUCUUUCUCUAUUGGAAUCAAUUUUAUUCAGUAAAUCUGGCAUCCAAACUUCGGGAAGUGCAGGGCCUGGGAAAUGGUUCUGGAUCCAAGGAUCUUAGCCCAGGAGUUAAACCACGAGGAGACAAAAGUAGUUUGUUAGUAUAAAGUUUUACCACUUUUGAAAUGCUACAGAACUCUCUUCCAAAGUAAAGUGCCUUUUUUUUUGUUUUCCCACAGUUCCUAGAAGUAUUCAAUGAAUGUCAAAAGAGGAAAUUAAUCACUGCUCUAUUAGAGGAAACUUUGUUGAAUCUAUAUUAGAAAAGACAUUAAAUACUCUGGCCAUGUACAAAACUAAGUUUAAAUACUGUAAUCCCGCCCUCACCCUGAGUGUUUUGUAAUCACCUUUUUUCAAACUUCUUCCUGUCUACUGUAAGUCAAUAAAUUAUAGCUCUAGAAACUCUGCAAAAUUUAUCUUGGCUUUCUUUCCAGUGAUGUCCUUAUGUUGGAUUGCAUAUUUAUACACUGCUUUAAAAAUCUGGUUAAAUGUUGCAAACUGAAUCCUGGUUUUAAAAAAAUUGUAAUGAAUGCCUAGGUGGAUUUUGCAGUAUUACUAAGUCAUGUCGACAUCUAUCACAGUAUGUAUAUUUUGCGAGAAGGUGACAAAUUAAAAAAUCAUCAAUGACAUCACAUUGUAUAUUGAAUAA